AUUCCCAUCACCGGCCUCCAGACGUCGUUUCCUUUUGCCUGCGGGAUGAUGGACAGCAGGAUACUGGAUCCACCUCACGCCCAGUUCGGAGGCUCUCUCGGCGGGAUGGUGGGCUUCCCGUACCAUCUGAGCCACCAUCACGUUUACGAAUUAGCCGGGCAUCAACUUCAAUCUGCGUCCGCGGUUCCCUUCUCAAUAGACGGAUUACUUAAUGGUUCCUGCACGGCUUCAGUGGGUAAUUCCAACCCCCUCUUGUCUUCGGGCUGCGGGAUGAAUGGAGAUAAUCAGCAGUACAAACUGACAGACUCGGGGGACCCAGACAAAGAUAGCCCUGGCUGCAAGAGACGGAGAACUCGCACAAAUUUCACUGGUUGGCAGCUGGAGGAAUUAGAAAAGGCUUUUAAUGAGAGCCACUAUCCCGACGUUUUCAUGAGGGAGGCACUGGCUCUCCGGUUGGACUUGAUAGAAUCAAGGGUUCAGGUAUGGUUUCAGAAUCGCAGAGCCAAAUGGAGGAAAAAGGAGAACACAAAGAAAGGUCCAGGUCGACCUGCUCACAACGCCCACCCCACCACCUGCAGCGGGGAGCCCAUGGACCCGGAGGAGAUCGCCCGGAGAGAGCUGGACAGGAUGGAGAAGAAGAAACGAAAGCAGGAGCGACGGCUGCUCAAGUCCCAGAACAAGCUCGCUGCUGGGGAUUUAUUUCACACCCCGGGAUCAGACAGCGACAGCGGGGUGUCGCAUGUGACCGACAGUGAGCACACGGGCAUGUCUUUUGACCCUGUGGGUGCAAACCAAUCGAGCUGCGACCAAUCACCUCACCCUCUCCACACCCAAAACCAGAACCAAAGACACUUGGACCGGGAUGCUGGCGCAUCCGAGCUGGACUCGCCCGACGCCAGCCACCGGUCAAGCCUGUGCUCCAGCAACAGCAGCGCCUCCAGCGUGCAGAAACUCAACCCUUUUAGCGUCGAGAGCCUCCUUUCGGACUCCAGACCGAGACGCAACCCCGCGGCCUUACCCUCCUCACGGCCUUUGAUAGGGAAAGGACACUUCCUACUCUAUCCCAUCACACAGCCGCUUGGAUUCAUUGUUCCUCAAACUGCUCUGAAGACAACCACAGUGGCGAACUGUGACAGUAGUGACGCACCGGCGGAGAGAAACCAGACCAGUGUGCGCUGCGGCGUCUCUGCGAGCUCUGCGGGAUGUAGGAGCAGCUCGCCGGACUCUGCAGACGCCACGCAAAAGGGACAGGUGGGAUCAGAGGACAAGACACGUUCACCGCACACCAGCCCGUCCAGGGUCGCCUUUCCCACAGCUGGCAAAAGUACUCAGACCUCUGUUAUUUGCAGCGACUCGACUUUCGCGCACGAACACAGUCCACAACUCAUUAAGCCUGUCGAUGCAGACAGAAAAGAGCAUUUAGAGAUCAAGGAGCACCCUGACACCUCCGAGUGUGUCCUCAGUGACAGUCCAGCAGAAACAAAGACAGACUCUAAAGAAGAUGUCGACAUGGAAUAAAUCAUUGGGGGUAAAACAAAAAAAAGCAGAAUCAUACAGAUAUAGCCUCUAAACACACCUUUCAUUAGGCCAAAGCUUAACCAGAAACAUCUUUGCAUCAUAGGUUUCCCCACUUUGCUGAUAUUCUGACAACGGUGUGCUCUUCCUCUUCCUCUUCCUCUCUCUCUCUAUCUAUCCUCUCUCUCUGCGAGUAUGUGUGUGAGUCAGGAGUCUCUAGAUAUCCUUUAAUGUGUGAUAACUUGUCUUUAAAAAAAACAACACAAGACCACGAGACCAACAAAAAUCCUCAAGAGCUGUAAAAAAGGUAUUAUACUAUUUAUAUAUGUAAGGUUUUUCUUAAAUAAAUCUAUUGUAUACAAGCACCUCAAACCGUGUGAGACCUUAAAUAGCAGCACAUACAGUGCAGGACUACCAGUACAGUAGGAAGGGCUUUCUUAAGAAAUCUCAUGUUGUACUUUGUAUAUUGCCUUAACAAAUUUAUUCAUCUAUAAGCCCCCACUGAAAUGAGGUUACGAGCCUGAGGCGAAAAGGACCCGCUCGACUCCUGCAGAGUUUUGAUAUGAAAGUAAUUAUUUUCCCGGUGGCUACUGCAGGGGGAUUCAGUUUAUUUUAGCUCAAAGGGGGUUAUAAUACAUUACCGAUUUCUAGUGAUAUGAAAUCACAUAAACUUCCAAGAAUAAUAGAAUUAGCAUGAAAAGGCCUGGGUGUCAAAUUGAAAUAGGAAAAUAAUAGCCCCGGCAGCUGGGAGUGUGUGUGUUUGUGCAUAUUGGAUAGGAGAUGGGGAUUCGUGGGGAGGCAUUUUCAUGAGCUUUUUUUUUCCUCCUUUCCUCCUCCUCCUCUUCUCCUUCUUCCUCUCUCUCCACUUUGUCAGGGCCCCUUGUAGCAGGGCUAUAUUAAGAUAGAUGUUCGAUGAUAUCCCUCAUUGUUCUGUCGCUUUACAUUGAUGUUUCUGUGUUAUCAGCCUAUUGAUCAUGCGUCGGCUGUAAUAGGACGGGCUGAGGCAAACGUGCCUAUUUACAAUAGCAGAACACAUUUGUUCUAAUAGGGUUGGUGGUCCCCAGGGAAGCCAUGCGGGAUCUGGGACAUCUGCUCCCUUUUGCAAUAUUAGCAGUGUUGACCACAAUAUCACGUCGACCCAAGGAAGGAAAAAAAAUGUCGAGGUUGCUGUGUGGCGUGUAAUAACAUUAAAAAAAAUCUUAAAACAAAAAAAAAAAAAAAAAGAAGAAAUAUCCAGUCCAGCUAUAGCUGCUCACACCCUUGUUAAAAUCCACAAGCCCUUUAGUGUUCUCUUUGGGUCUCGAUUUGCAAAUAAAUUGAAAAUAAUCAGAGGGGUGAGCUUUACGUCUGAGCCGGCGCAAAUGAAUUUCUGAGCCAGUGUCCCUUUCAAAAUAUUUACAUAAAUUUCAACCCAUGCAGCUGUUUGCUCUAGGAAGCAAUGUCUUAUUAGGUUGGUGGGGGGCAGGGGCAGACACAGCCAACAUGGCACACACACAGGGAACAUGCACAAGAUUAGGGCCUGCAGAGGGUUAGAGGUGUCUCCUCUGUGUCCUCAUUGUGCUUUAUGGUGUUUUUAAUUUUUUAUUGAUUUAUUUAUUUUAUUUCCCAUGAUAUCAGUAUACGUUUUUGGUAAUAUUGAAUCCACCAGUGAGUUUACAGGGGGCUUUUUUUAAUCUCAGGUUUGCAGUGUUAUCAUAUUUUUUUAUUAUAUAAUAGCCUAAAUGUUUUCACUGUUAAAUUAGGAAUAUUCUGAGAAAAUUCAGAGCAGAAAUUGAUAAAUUCACAGCAUGCCAAUUCUUCAAAAAUACAAGGUGUAAUUGUGGGAUAACUGGGGCCAAUUUGAAAUAACCCCUAAGAUUCUUCGGUGUGUAUUUUUCCAUGCUACUCUUAGGCUAUUUGGGACGUAUGCCCAGUUCAUCCAUAAUUCAUUAGCACACUGAAUAGGAGUAUCGCUGGCUGCACAUUGGUGGCCUUAAGGUGAAAUUAGCGAUUUGCUUAAGUAGUUAAGCUUUUCUUGCCUGAGAGCUGCACGCUGCAUGAUUCAAGACAAACUAUCAAUCGAUAUGCCCAGGCAGCCUCCAGGAGAUGUGUCGUCCAUGAAUCAUACUUUAUGAAUUCAAUUUAUACCCGGAGAAAUUUUCAAUUUGAACGCCGGAUCAUUAUGGGAGAGUGUAAAUUGUUUUUGCUCUAUUAUGCAUCGGACGCCAUCAUUUUUCUUUCUAAUUACGGAGGUGUCAGGUCGGGCUGUCAUGCAGACGCUGAUUUUCAAUUUAACUGAUCAUCAUGCAUUCAUUUUCCCAUUUGAUAAAUCUGCUAUCUCGAAGCUUCUCCAUGCCCGGAAUGCUAAAAGAGAGGCACAGAUUGGCAAAGUAAUAGGGGCCUGUAUGCGGCAAUAAGUGCAGAUCAGGCAGCUAAUUUAGCACCUCCUGGUAUUUCCAUUUCCAUUUCUCAUUUCCAACUCUCAAAGGAGGAAAAGCAGCCCAAAGGCAGAAAGCUGGUAGGCUUUCCACUAUCGGAGGAAGACAGAGAAAAAAAUCUACCAAAACGGCUUGUUUUCAACCACACAUUUCCUAAAUUAGGAUAUCAAGCUUAAUUAAGGCUAAUAGAGUUUUCUCAGUAUGUGUUAGUUUUAUUUAAUAGAAACAAAUUUGCGCAAUUAAUUAUGGCCAUGAUAUUAAGGGUCUCAUUUGCAGCAUUCGAGCUGCAGCCUAAAUCAGCGUCUUCAGAAAUAAGCCUCUCAUUUCCAAGCCAAAUGACUAACCAAAUGUUUUUCUAGCAGCUUCCAUCACAGAUAUUAUCCCGGUUUAUUUCCCAUAUUAUAUCCAAGUAGUCAGAUUAGACGUAAAUAGAUCUCCUUCACUGCGCCCGAUGACUGAAUUAAACGUACAUUUCUGCUAUUUUCUCUUAUUGUAGAAAUUAUAUUAUUUAGAUUUUUAGAUUUUUAUAAAAACAAAUGCAUAAUCUUAACUUCUUGUGACAUUUUGCACAUCACAUAAUAAUAUUUUUAUUUGAUUAUCACGUGGAGUAUCAAUUUGAACCUCAUUGCUCUACCCUCACACCUCAUUUGACACAAAUGAAUGAAUUUUCAAAUACCUGUGACAGAGAAGGAUUUUACAAGUUUCAUGCUCAAAUCAACCCAAAUGGACAACCUGUGUUCUCGCCACAAAUCCCGUCUCCCUGCACAGGCUACUCUUGUGCGCUUUGUGUUGCUGCAUGAGAUCUUAGUGGCUCUGGGGGCUCAGUUUGGAUAAGAAAGAACCGUGUCCCCUUUUAAAAAGGAUCCUCCAUAAAAUAAAAUGCCACUUGACAUUUGGCUUCUCCUGCAGCAACCCUGCCAUGCCUUUUAGGAUUAUUUUACAUCUACAUACUCAUUAAUGCGCCGGUGGAUUUAAUCAUUCUUAUCUUUCCUGUGCAUACCUGGGAUAAGCCUGACAUUACCAUCUGCAUUGAUUUCUGGACGAUCCUUAAAAUAAUUUUAAUUAUCUUGGAGUAUUUCGUGCAAAAAAAAAAAAAAAAAAUCCCUCUGAUCAAAAUUUAGGGAAUCACACUUUAGCACUGGCAGCUCAGGUUUCUCAAAUUUAGGCGAAUUUAAAGAUGCAUUAAAAUUGUACAUUUGAUAAAUAAGAUAAAUUGACCAUAGCAGCAUCUUUGUUUUUAGACUUUGACUAUACUUUUUAUUUUUCCUAGUAAAAAAAACUUUCUUUAAUUGAGGUUGACGAUUUUCACACUAAAUUCCCCAAAUAUUCACUGAAUAUAUCUGACUAAGAAAGGUAGAUAAAAAAGUGAAUGAUUGAUUUAAAUGUCACAACUUUGUUGUAGCCAAAGCUCUGCUGUCAUGGUAAAACAAGUAAUGGCUGUCAUGAUGUUUGUGUGCUGAGCAAACCUCCAAGACAUGUGAAAACAAUUCAAAACACAUAUUCCAGAAAAACACAUGGCAUACAGUGAAAAA